AUGUAUGGGCUUAAUCUUUGGUCAGAUCUUUGUUCGAAUUUCGACCAAGCAAUUCAAGAACUCAAGAACCCUAGGAGAUCUCGUUCGCUGCGACUUCCGAUGGCUUCCAAGGCGGUGAGGAAGAUGAUCUACCACCAGAAACUGCGCAACCACCUCAAAGACAACACGCAAAUCCUCGUCGUCGGCGCUGAUAAUCUCAGUGCUAACCAGAUUCAGAUCAUAAGGAAAGGAUUAAGAAGCGACGCAACCGUUAUGAUAGGUAAAAAUACCUUGACGAGUCGCUCAAUCGCUAUGCAUGCUCCGGCGACCGGAAACACCGCUUUUCUGGGUCUGAUUCCUCAUAUUGUGGGGAAAGUUGGAUUGGUUUUUACCAGAGGUGAUCCAGAGGAAGUUAGUGAAGCUGUUGCAGGAUAUAAUCUGCAGCCGUGGUUGUGUUCAUCGAUGGAUAUUGGAGUUUGUUCUAUGUGGCAAUGGCUGCUGAGUCUUCCACGUGUGUUGUUGCUACCAGUUGGUUGCAACGCCUAUGAACAUCAUUGGUUACUUCCCUCCGCCUGGGUUACUUUCAUCCUUUCACCGAUAUAUCCGAUUCAGUUCCUUCAAAUUUGGGAUUAUUACCCCAGUUCUUUUCAUCACCAUCGAAAUGGUAGGACCUGUACACGACACCAUCGCCGACUACGAGUCUGCAACGCUAUAUCCGAUGUUGGUGCUCGCUUCCCCGUCUCUGCCUCCGCCUCUCACUUCUCCGUCAUCAACAACAGUUGGCAGCUACGUCAUCAAAAACAGUUGGCAUCAAAUUCAUCUCUCAAAUUUCAAAUCGGCGACGACUCUUCCUUUCAGUGGCCUCCCACCUAUAAAAUCAUGAACACCGCCGUCGGUAAUUCUUCACCGCAUCGGACGCCAUUAAUCAAACGCACAUGGGCUCUCUUUUGUCUAUUCUCUUCUAGAAAGGCGGUGGUGGAACUUCAAUUUCGAGUCGAUUUUGUAUUUUGGGCGAUGCUUCUUUAGACCUUAUCUGAAACUUCCAUGCUAUCAAUCGUUCUCUCCUACCUCUGCUAUCAUCUACGGUGAAACAAGCUUAUGGGUUUCAUAACUCGACGCCUUUGUCUCCGGCAGUGACUCGACGACCAUGCUUCAAAUCUGGCGGCUUCCGGUUUUGUUCCCAUACAUGUCAUUUCGUCUAUGAAGACGAUGAUUUCAAUCUAAUUUGCAGUGUUUUUGAAUGCCAGGUGUUCGAUGAAUUGCUCAAAUGAAAAUCAACAGAGACAAGUGGUGGUAAUGUCCCACCUCCUGUGAACAUUUUUGUCGAGAUUGAUUUAGGGGAAGCUUUAAAUUUAAACAUUAGAAGGUGCAAGUAUGUGAAGCCAACUCCUGU